AUGUCUUGCGAAUACUGCACGGGCUUCACCAAACUUCUCGGGGGGCCAUUUGCAGAUGACCAUUACAACCACGCUCCGAGCAUCCAGGCGCUCCAGAAGUCCGCCGAUGAUGGGUGUCAGCUCUGCGCGCUCAUCAUCGGCGAGUUCGAACACACCGGUGAACUCCAAUAUAUGUUGGAAGAUUCCAAUGAUGGAUAUCCGACCGUAGUUCAAUUUGUCGGGCGGACAGCGGAAGGGCUCUUACAUUAUCAGCAAAAUCCCUUCUGGAGAGAAUUGACAGGCCUCCAGGUGUACUGCGGCGCGGAUGGCCGCAACGAUCAGUGGUCCUGCUCAUUGUGCUUGUAUACACAGCCAGACGAUGAAUCUGCUCGGUCUAAUAUCAUUGCUGGACGAUCCGUCGAGCAGAACUCUGGCUCUGAAAAAAGUCUUGAUCUACUGCGUGACUGGGAGUAUGAGUGCCGAACCAACCAUCCUGGAUGCAACCUACAGUUCACAGAUGUCGCACUUUCAUCUGACUAUACAAACCAUCAAGCAGAGCCAGAGGAAGCUCCGCCGUCCAAGGGCCCGAAGUUGCCUUCGCGGGUGGUGAAGGUGGACGAGCAACGGCCCAGACUCUAUGUUGCUGAAGACGGCGAGAUUGAGAAAUACCUUACUCUCAGCCAUUGCUGGGGCAAGACUCAGCCUUUCAUAACCGUAAAAGAGACAUUCGCUGCCAGAGAAGCCGGUUUCGACCUGGAGGACCUACCUAAAACGUUUCGAGAUGCGAUUACCGUAACCCGAAAACUAGGUUAUCAGUAUAUCUGGAUAGACUCAAUAUGUAUCAUUCAAGACGACUCACGAGACUGGCAGAUUGAAUCAGCUAAGAUGGCUCAAAUAUAUCAAAACUCUUGUCUCACGAUUGCCGCCACAGCUUCGCCAGAUGGAUCAAAGGGGUGCUUCUUCGACCGGGGACCAGAUCAUGCGAUUGAAAUUCGAUACACACCACGCGCACUAUCGGAUACGGACACCAGUCAGGCGACGUCCGCUCACUUUGAGAGCCUUCAGCUGAGUGGCAGUGGUGGAGAAGCGAUUGAAACUGCCACAUUUCGUGCCUGUUUUGUAGGAAUAUACGUGGUCGACCCUCUGCGGAAGUCCCCCCUAAAUAGCCGCGGCUGGGUAGUCCAGGAACGCAUGCUCUCUCGCCGUUUGAUCCACUUCGCCUCCGACCAGCUCUUCUGGGAAUGCCAAACCGUGUUCCGCUCCGAGGGCGGUGAAUAUAACCGCAUCAUUCCUGACCACAUCCACGACCGCCUUACCCAGAACCUCCGAAUUCUCGAGUUCUUUGGCCCGGAACCUCACCGCGGCCAUCCCGCUUUCUCGUGGGAUGCGUCACUCCUUGGUCGGUGGCUGCAGCUGGUGAUGCAGUUCUCGCAGAAGCAGCUCACCAAGGAGAUGGACGUCUUCCCUGCACUCGCGGGCGUUGCGUCUCUGAUGAAGCAGCGACUUGGAGAGGCGUUUUGCGCCGGUUCCUGGAGAUCGACUCUUCACCUUGAACUACUCUGGGUCGCGUUUGAUGCCCCUCACACAUCUCCGGCCCAAUGGAGAGCGCCCAGCUGGUCCUGGGCAGCUCUUAAUGGCGAAGUGGAGUACUACAGUUUCAAGCAAUGGGCCGGGUUCCAGCCAGCAGCGGAUAUCCUUCACGUGGAGGCAGAGUGGACCAGUCAGGCGUUCAGUUCUCCUUUACGACCUUCAGCCCACAUGGUUGUUCGGGGCUUUCUUGAGCCAGUGACGUACAAUCCAGAGCCAAAUGAUUGGCGGUUACAGGAUAUUAUUUGCUAUGUUCUGCUCCCAGCGGACCAAACGAUUGCAGCCACAUAUAGUCACAGUUGGGCGGUGUUCGAUCGAAAACCUCCUCCUGUUGAGCGGGUCUUUUGGUGUCUAGGAAUCUGCGUUGAGCGCACUGAUCACCACUAUUGUCUCCUCUUGGAACAGAUAGGAAAUCAGCCAGAUGAAUACAGGCGUAUUGGUUCAGGGCGUCUGGACCUCGCGCCGGCAAAGUUUGGGGGAGGCCAGAUGUCUACCAUAAAGAUCAUCUAG